AUGAUGGAAGGACUCAACUGGACAUCUGGGAGGGGGUUUGUUCUACUGGCAUUUUCAGAAUACCCCAAGACUGAAAGGCUCAUCUUUCUUUUAUGUCUGGUGAUGUACAUGGUCAUCAUACUGGGUAAUAGUAUUAUAAUUAUGCUCACUAUCCUGGAUUCUCACCUUCACACCCCAAUGUACUUUUUCCUCAGUAACCUCUCCUUCUUGGAUAUCUGUUUUACAUCCUCUUUUGUCCCUAAAAUGCUGACAAACUUCUCAUGGGGGAGAAAAACCAUCUCCUUUUCUGGGUGUAUGAGUCAAAUGUAUAUCUUCCUUGCCAUGGGGACCACAGAGUGUGUACUCCUAGCCACAAUGGCUUAUGACCGCUACAUGGCCAUCUGUAAUCCCCUCAGAUACCCUAUCAUCAUGAACAAGAGACACUAUGUGCAGCUGGUGGUUAUAUUGUGGGUUGUAGGUUUUCUUAAUUCAACUAUGGAAACAGCUCUUGCAAUAAGGUUGCCCUUUUGUGGGAAAAAUAUAAUUAACCAUUUUUUUUGUGAAAUCUUAGCCAUACUAAAGCUGGCCUGUGCUGACAUCUCCUUGAAUGAGAUAGUUAUGUUGAUAGAUUGCAUAACACUUGCAUUCUCCCCAUUAUUAUUAAUUAUUCUCUCCUAUAUUUUUAUUCUCUCUGCCAUCCUGAGAAUUAACUCUGCAGAAGGGAGGAAAAAAGCCUUUUCUACUUGUUCUGCACACUUGACUGUGGUGACUGUGUUUUAUGGGACCAUCCUCUUCAUGUAUAUGAAACCCAAGUCCAAAAAUUCAAUUACAGACAAGUUCAUCACAUUGUUCUAUUCGGUGGUGACCCCCAUGCUGAACCCCAUCAUCUAUAGCCUGCGGAACAAGGAGGUGAAUGCAGCCAUGAGAAAUGUGCUGAAAAGACUUCCAUUCAAGAGGUCCUAA